CUUAUCAUAAAAGAUAAAUCUCUUUCUUCUUGGAUAAAAAAAAGAUUCUACUUUCUUACAAAAUAUUCCAUUGAUAUUAUAUACUUUAGUUGAGUGAAAAGAAAUCCUUGGUUGGAGAUAUACAUUAGGUCCUUAGAUAUUGGAACAUCACCAUCAAAAUGAUGAAGGAAAACAUUACUACCAUACUACAAGGAUCCCAUUAGCUUGCUCCAAUUUAUGAUAGUAAUAGUAGUAGUAGGGUCAUGACAUGAGCCAAAGCAAGGGAAUGGCUAUGAAACAAAACCAUUGCCAUCGAUGGACCCAACUCCCCACUUGUAUAAAUAAUAUAGCAUAGUAUAAUUGGCAAAAACAUAUGGAUCUCGUAAGUUUCAAUAAUUUGGGGCAAUUUGGGAAAUGGGAUUAGUGCAUAAAUUACACAAUCAAUCACCCUCAGGUCGUUUUCGAUGUUGCUUUCACCUCCUAACUUUGAAGUGGUUCCAAUGUCAAGGGGGAAGAAUAGAUAGAAGGGAUCGGUAAGUUAGUGAAGGCCCAAAUAAAUAAUGACGAGAAAAACAAACGACACUAAUAAAAGAAAGAGAUGAAUGAUGCUUGGGUAUUGAUUUUGGUGAGUGUUUUUGUAGUUUCUCUGAUUGGGCCUGUCUCGAUUCUUUCCUGUGAGUGGUGCUCAACGACCCAGGUUUUUUCUUUCUUUUUCUUCUUCUAAUCAAAAUCAUUAGUUUUUUAAUUAGGCAAAAUACAGUUGUAUAUCCACAAAUAUCACGUUUGUGACAAAUAUAUCCACAACUAUCGAAAUACACGAAAUAUCCAAAAUUUGGAAGGUUGUGUGAUAAAUCUAUCAACUUCCGUCUGAAACUAUAACGGUGUAGUGACGCCGUCAGAUCUGUUAGCAAUACGCUGAUUAGGACGCCAAUUCAGCGCACACAUCAUCGACAAGUCAGCACCAAGUGACACGUCAUAUUUACUUAUAAAUAUUUACAGAUAAAAAAUUAAUGAAAAAGAAAAAAAAUUGCUUCUCUGCCGCAGACCCUUCCCCUUCCUCCCACCUCCGCCCCUCAUCCCUCUUCCACCGCCAUUCCACCCACCUCCACCCUCCUCCCUCUUCCACGACCAUUCCACCCACCCCACUGGCGGAUCUAGGGGGUGGCCACCCCGAGCCACGGCCCAGCACUCCUCUGGAUUCGGAGCUAGUAUAGUCCUUAUGAGUUUAUAGAUUUUAGUCAUUCGGCCAAUUGUUAUUUUAUAAUAAGAUUGUGUGUAAUUGAGAAAAUGGGUUAGAUGAACAUAAUCAUAUCACAACUCUAAAUUUAGCCUAGAAAUUCUAGCUCCAAUGAUUCUCUUCUAAAGAAAAACAAUGUAACCUAAAAUUCUAAGAGUCUAAAACGUAAAGGACUAAAAGAACUGAGGUUUGCUCUCUUGAAAAAUUACCAGAGCAGCUUGUGGAAAUAUGGAUGAACACACAAUAAAAAUUGAUUAGUCGAUUGUUUUGUCUAGUAUUGACAUUGCCCGUUUCAACAGCUACUAUGGAGAAAACCUUUUCAACAAUGGAACAGGUGAAAUAUGAUUUGCGUAACAAAAUGAGCGAUGAAUUUCUUACUGAUUGGUAAACUGUUUUAUUUGAGGGAUAUUAGUAUGCUAUUGGUAUUUCACUCCAUUAUUGAUGACUUCACUAUAUUAAAAGAUCGACGUAUACAAUUGAUAUUGUAAAAAAAAACUAUAAUUUUUUUACAGUAUCUAAUUUUCUAAUGAAAUGCGGCCCAGUGCACUACUAUGUCCUGGAUCCGCCGCUGACCCACCCCUCAACUUCCUCCCAUCUCCGCCCCUCCUCCCUCUUCCACCGCCAUUCCAAACCCACCCACCCCCAGCCGCCCUCCACCAUUGAUUCAUCUCUGCCAACUCCCACUGCAUCCAAAGAAAAAUAAAAAAAAUUGUAAGCGUUGCGCCACCAUCGAUACAUUUGCCGUUGUUGGGUCGCCGUCCAGCCAUCGAAGCUUGCGCGCAUAUCCGUACAGCCAGAUCUCAUGGACAUGCCGUUGUCGCAGCUGUCGCUGCAUCUUGCCGCCGUAUUCCCUGUCUCACCAUUGACGGCCAGCCAUCGAAGCUCGUUGAUUCAACGGCGCCGCCCUUGCUCCCUGCUUCGUGUGAAUAGAUCCAUUCAACAACGUCGCCCCUGCUCCCUGGUUUGUGUGAAUUAUGGAUUUACAAUCACCAUUGUUUUGCGACGGGAUCUGUCGAUUUCACUACAAGAAUCAAAAUGGCAGUUGAGCGGCGACGAGAGAAACUACGCUCUGGGGAACUGGAUCUGCAACGGUGAACGGUGGUGGGAAACGAAUAAGAGGAUGAGAUGGGAGCACAUUAACCUUCAGCGGCGAUGAGGGUGGAAGGAGGGCAACGAGAGAGAGGGGAGGUUGAGAGGGAUAAGAUUUUUUAUUUUUGUUAAUCCACAUAGAUUGGUGGGAACAAAACAUAGGCAACUCAGCUCAUUCCGUCAGUACAGUCAGACUGUUAAUUGACACCGUUAGAAUAUUGGACGGAAUCGAAUAUUUCAUGUAUUUUGAUAGUUGUGGAUAAAUUUGUCACAAACCUGAUAAUUGUGGAUAUACAUGUGUAUUUUGCCUUUUAAUUAUUAGUAACAAAAUUGUUAAUCAAAAGUUAACAUUUUACUAAUUAUUAGUAAUUUAAUAGAUUUGGUUAAUAAAAAGAGUGUGAGAAAGAUUUGCUAAUAAUUAGUGUUAACUCUAUUAGAAAUGAGAUAGUUCCAAUUACUCAAAUUCUUAAAUAAAUAUUGUUUUAUUGAGUAUAUAUUAAUUACCUGCUAUGGAGAGAAGGAGAAGGAGAAUAGUGAAAACCACGGCAGCCGAAACCAUGGGCAGGGCCAAAUAUCUAUGGCACUUGGCACACUUUUUCUCCUCAAUUCAUUAUCCGCAAAGAAUCAAAUCUCCUUUGCACCUUCUUUUUAAAAAGGAAACUCCUACUUCACACAUCAUAUAUAUAUUUUUCUUUUGGUGAGAUACUUCACACAUCAAUUAGCUUUGAAACAAGAAAAAAAAUAUUUAAAAAAACACAACUACUUAAUCUACACGAUGUGAAUGUACAUUCUCCGUUACUUAAUCUACACGAUGUGAAUGUACAUUUAUCGUCACUUAACAACUUGAGGCCAACAAUUAACGAUAAAAUAUCUAGUAAAAAAAAUACAUAAUGGAAGUGUAGGGUUGACAGUUGAGAACAAAUUCGGAUGAGCGUGGUUUUUCAAUAUACAAUUUUUAGUUAUGAUUUUAAAAAUAGCAAUUAUUUCCGGGAGUAAAAUUUAAUGAAAUGGUCAUCUAUUCGAUUUUAGAAAAUCUAUCUAUAUCAUCUAUAACAAUCAUAUAUAGUUCAUACCCGUCUCAUACCCAUGCGGAAGAGGUUUUUCAAACCCAACGGCCAGCUCCAUAUCCGCGUUUUUAGAUACCCAUGGGUAAUACCCGCCUCGUAUUUUCAAUAUGACCAUAUACCUGGAAUUAAACAUGUGGAUCUUGAAUUAUAGCACUAAAUGUAUCUAAAUAACUCAUGAAAUCAGCAGAGAUAAGAUAUGAUCAUUCUUAAUACACAUUCAAAGCAUCCAAUCCUAAAAUGCGUUUUAAUCCAUAAGAAAAAGUACAAUACUAUCUAAAUCAUUCAUCUCGACUCCAACAAUAAUUCUCACAACUAUGGAAAUGAAUUGUACUUUUAACA